AUGCUUGAUCCUCAAUCACCAAUCUCACCUCACCUAUACCCACAAGCAAUUCAACUCAAACUGUAUCAAGCCUUCAUCUUCGCCAUUCCCAUCUUAUUUUCCAUCAUUCUCUUCCUCUUGUUCUAUCUUUUCUACCUUAAGAGAAGAGCCUCUUCUCUCUCCUCUCCUCCAAUGAUUCUUCCUGUUUCCUCCACCCACCAGCCUUCUCAUCUCCCCUCGGUUUGUUUGAUAGAUGUGAAAGUAGAGCUGAAAGAAAAGCUUCAUGUCGUUUUGUUCAAUGAAGAAUUAGAAACAAACGAUUCUCUAUGUUGUGUUUGUUUGGGAGAAUUCGAGUUGAAGGAAGAGUUGGUGGAAAUGCCUUCAUGCAAACACAUAUUUCAUCUCGACUGUAUUCAACUUUGGCUUUAUUCUCACACCACUUGCCCUCUCUGCCGUUCCUCUGUCUUCAUCUCUUUGACCAAAACCUCUAUCGACGACGGCAACAACGACUAUCCAGAUUCUCCUCAAACUACCUCACCAGUUUGACUCACUAGUCUGAAAGAAAUAAGCAGGAUACAAGUUUUGUUAGUCAAUAGAUCAAUACAAAAUGUAAAUUCUUAGUUUUACUUGUUUAAGAGAUCAACAUGUACACCAUUACUCCCUGUCUUCGCUUGAGGCAAAUGUAUUAUUGCUGUAAAAGAUGAAAGUUACUUGAUGAAGAAGUAACCUAACCCUAUAAAUGAAGAGGCC